CUGUAAAAAGGCAAGAUUUCAAAACCUGCGAGCAAAGUUCUUUUUGUAAACGUAAUAGAGCUUAUGCCGACAGGUUAACUUCAAAUCAUUUACUUAUAUCUCCUUACUCUGUAAUUCAAGAUUCUAUUAUAAUCAAAGAUGGUAUAAUCUCUGGUGAUCUUAUCAAUUCUGAAAAUAAUAUAAUUUUCAUUUUUGAAUUACAUUUAUUGGAAAUUGGUGCAGCAAGGGUUCGAAUUAAUGAAAAAAAACCAUUAAAACCUCGUUAUGAUAAAGUGAAGGAUUGGGCUCUUGUUCAAGAUCCAUCACAUACUUUAGAAUAUACCCUGAUUCCUUCUAAACCUGAUAUCACAUCUUUAUCUUUCGGCAAAGAAAGAAAGCAAUUGGUUUCAAUUUAUCAUUCUCCAUUUCGUGUUGAAUUUUCAGUAAAUGAUGUACCUAUAAUCACGUUAAAUGAUCGUGGUUUUCUCAAUUUUGAGCAUUUAAGAAAACAAGACGCACCUGGCCUAGUUGAUCAAAGUAAUGGUGAAAAUAAUAAUAUUAUAGAUGAAAAUGAUCUUGAUAAAGGUCUUUGGAAAGAAACUUUUAAUGGCAAAGAGGAUCCAAAACCAAAUGGUCCUGAAUCUAUUGGGCUUGAUGUUUCAUUUCCGGGAUUUAGUCAUGUAUAUGGCAUUCCUGAACACGCAUCAACGUUUUCAUUAAAAGAAACCCGAGGAGGUGACAAUGCCUAUUCUGAUCCUUAUCGUUUAUAUAACUUGGAUGUAUUUGAAUAUGAGGUGGAUAAUCCAAUGGCACUUUAUGGUUCUAUUCCAUUUAUGAUGGCUCAUCGAAAAGGUGCAUCAGCUGCUAUUCUUUGGUUAAAUGCUGCGGAAACAUGGAUCGACAUAACCAAGAAUAAAGAGGAUAAGCAUAGACUAUCCAACUUGCUUGGUUUUGGCAAAGCUACUCCCACUUCAACUAGUACUCAUUGGGUUUCGGAAUCUGGUAUUAUCGAUGUGUUCGCUUUUCUUGGUCCAACGACCUCCGACAUCUUCUAUCAAUAUGGGUUACUUACUGGAUUUACCGCAUUACCCCAAUAUUUUGCGAUUGCUCAUCAUCAGUGUCGUUGGAAUUACCUCAACCAAGAGGAUGUUGCCGAAGUCGAUGAAAAUUUUGACAAAUACGAGAUUCCAUAUGACAUAAUUUGGUUAGAUAUUGAGCAUACUGAUGGGAAAAGAUAUUUUACAUGGGAUACUGCUAAAUUUCCGACCCCCGAAAAAAUGCAAAAUGAUAUUGGUAGAAAGGGACGAAAGAUGGUGACAAUCGUUGAUCCACAUAUCAAAAUAGAUAGCAACUAUUAUGUUUACAAAGAGGCUAAAGAUCUGGACUACUUUAUCAAAGAAUCUGAUGGCCGAGUAUACGAUGGAUGGUGCAGCUCCUCUUGGGUAGACUACACUAAUCCUUCUGCUCAAGAAUGGUGGAUUAAAAAAUUUGCAUUUAACCAGUAUAAAGAAUCAACUGAAUUUUUAUUUACAUGGAAUGAUAUGAAUGAA